AUGGGGCCGCCGCGCGCGGCCUCAGGGCGGGAAGGGCUGGCGGCAUUCGACACGGAGGACCAGCAGCUCGAGCGCCUGAUCGAUGGGAUGCACGGCGGCGAGGUUGAACCGCCGGAGGCGGAGGCGCCUGGGCCGGACCGUGUGAAGCAGCGAGCCUGGAGGUCGGGGGCAGGCUGCGUCCUGCUCUCCGCCUCUGCCUACGCCUUUGGCGCCCUCUUUGCCAAAGUCCUUGGGUCAGAGAUCCCCAUGCUCGAAGUGACUGCCCUCCAGGCUGCCAUCGCCCUCAUCGCCACCCUGGGUCUGGCCUACGCCUGUGAUGUUUCCCCCAUCUGGGGUCCGAGGGCCAAGAUGCCCCUCCUGGCCCUGCGCGGCCUUGUGGGUGCUGGCGUGUUCGUUUUGGCUUACGUGGGGAUCGUGAUACUGCCGCUGGGCGACGCCCUGGCCACAUUCUACACCAACCCCGCGUUCACGGCCCUGUUCACCUGGCUGCAGGGUAUGGAGCGGCUCAACUGGCAAAAGGGAGUGGGCGUUGCUGCCUGCAUGGCUGGCACCGCCCUGGUGGCCCAACCCCCCUUCCUUUUUGGGGGAAGAGUCAAGUGGGAUACACACAGGGUCCUGGGCAUCUGCGGCAGCCUCAGUGCGUCGAUCGGCGUGAGCAUUGGCCUCCUGCUCAUCGUGAAGAUCGGCAAGGACGUGUCGCCACUGACCGUGACCGUUUGGUUCCACGCUGCCACCUUCUGCGUGGCCAUCGUCCCCACCCUUGUGGGGUACCCCCAGCCCGCAGUGGCGACUUUCUCGGCGGUGGAGGGCUUGCUGGUGGUCGGGAUCGCUGGGAGCAUGAUCGCUGGGCAGCUGCUGUUGACGAGGGGCGUGCAGCUGUCCGGUGCGACGCAGGCCGCAGUCAUAAGAGUCAGCGAGCUUGUCUUCGGGUAUGCCUUUGGGGCGCUGUUCCUUGACGAGGUGCCCACGCUGGUGGGGUCGCUGGGGGCGGUGUGCAUCAUGGCGGGCGUGGUCUUGGUGACAAGGUCCAAGAUGGACUGA